AUGCAGAAGUCGAAAGUAAAGGUUCUGAGGUUCGACAAGAUGCAGCCCAAAGAGACCACGAAGAUCAAAAGCUGGACGCCCAUGCAACUGCGCAAUGAUUAUCCCCAAAAAAGAGCCGGAAACUGCGAGACCCACUCAGUCUGGCAAACCGGUACCAAACUGGGGUGCCUCCAACCUAGCGAAAGUCGACCGGAAAUCGUGCAGCGCUCCCAGCAGAAGCAGGACCCCCUUGGCCGUUGCCGCGGGUCCCUGGCACGCAGCCCGGACUGGUGGCGCGAGGAACAGGGCCAUGUGAUGGAGCGGCAUCCGCCACUGGGCCGGAGCGGGGGAGGUUUGGAAGGUGGCCCCUGGUGGACUCGCGAGGAGCUUCUGCACGUCCUCGAGGAUGCCUACUGCGGACAUCUCAGCUUUGAGGUGAAUCAUUUGCCAGACAUGGAGCAGAGAAGGUGGUGGCACUGCGCCGCCGAGACGCCGCGGCCUCCGCCACCAGCGUGGAGAAGGCGGGCCCUGCUUGCGAGGCUGCUCCGCGCCACGCUUUUGACGCAGUUCCUCCGCUCGAAGUUCCCGGCCACGAAAUGGUUUGGCCUCGAUGGCAGCGAGGUGUUACUGCCCGGCCUUUUCCGCCUUUGCUACCGCUCUGCCGCCCGCGGGGUGGAGCAGAUUGAGAUGGGCAUGCCGCAUCGAGGACGUUUGAACAUCCUCGCGAACAUCCUUGGCAAAGAGUUGAGCCAAAUCUGCUGCGAGAUGCGCGAGGAUCACAGUGAUUUCCACGUGGGAGAUGUGAAGUACCACACCGGUUACGUGGGCGAGCUCCCGACUCUCGAGGCCUGGUGGCACGAGCGUUUCGGAGCAACCGACGGCGACCACCUCGGCGAGAGCGUGCGCUCGCCGGUCGUGACCAUCGCGCCGAACCCCAGCCACUUGGAGAUGGUGACGCCCGUGGUGCUCGGCAAGGACCUUGCUGAGGAUCGCGGCCUGCAGAGUGUCAUGGGGAUCGUUUUGCACGGCGACGCCGCCUUCGCCGGCAGCGGCAUGGCCUUCGAGGCACUCCAGUGGUUCUCGGAAUUGCCUGGCUACGGCACCGGCGGCACCGUCCAUGUGGUCCUCAACAACCAGGUGGGCUACACGACGACACCAAACGAGGCCGUCUCGAAAAGUUGGGCGUUCCGCAGUCUGCACCACUGUGCAAACCUUUUCUGA